CGAAUUUGAAAAGUAACCUAACCUAUUUUUGUUUUGUUUUGAUUUUGUUGUGUUUUUCAUAAGUAUUAUAGGAUGUUAUCCGUAGUCUUUUUAAUAGUGAUUCUUUCACUUUUCGCUAUAUCAAGUUGGAGAAAAAACAGUUUGCUCCCACCAGGACCCUGGAAUAUCCCAAUAAUUGGUUCAUUGCUCUGGCUGAAUGCUAAAGAACCAUACAAGACGCUGCACGAAUUUGCAAAGAAAUACGGAUCGAUCUAUGGUCUCUAUAUGGGAAAUAUAUACACAGUGGUUCUUUCCGAUGCCAAACUCAUCAAAAAGGUCCUUUCCAAAGAGGUUACCACAGGAAGGGCUCCUUUAUAUGUCACUCAUGGCCUGAUGAAGGGAUGUGGUCUGAUCUGUGCCCAAGGAGACCUCUGGAAAGACCAACGAAAGUUCGUAUUCAAUUUUCUGCGAAACAUUGGUGGUGCCAAAGUGAGCUCACAAAGGACUGCUAUGGAAAAAUUGAUUCUAAAACAUGCCAACGGUUUUGUUGAAUAUGUUGAGAGCAAAGGAGAGUCCUCUUCUUUUCGACCUUUGGAACAUUUACGACAUGCCGUUGGUUCUUUUAUGAACGAAAUUGUUUUCGGUGAGUCUUGGUCGAAGGAGGAUGAAACCUGGAUAUAUUUACAGCACUUGCAAGAGGAAGGCACUAAGUAUAUAGGCAUCGCUGGUCCGGUUAAUUUCAUCCCAAUACUGAGGUUUCUUCCAGAGUUUCGAAGGAAUCUCAAGUUUCUUCAAGAAGGCCUUGAAAUAACUCAUAAGUUGUACGACGACAUCAUCGAAAAACAUCGCCAGGCUUUAGAGGAAGAUAUGAAAGAUCCCAAUUUUGAACCAUGUAAUCUUUUGGACGCAUUUCUGUACGAAAAACAUAAGAAGAAAAAUUCAGCAGAGGGAGAAUUCUAUAGCGACCAACAACUUAGAUAUUUGCUGGCAGAUAUGUUCGGUGCAGGGCUGGAUACUACAUUAACUACUUUGAGUUGGUACUUGCUCUUCAUAAGCCUCAACGAAGAUUUCCAAAAACUAGUGCAUGAAGAACUAAGUACGGUAUUACAAGGAAAACCUGCAACCAUGAGUGAUUUUCAGUAUUUACCAUAUUUCGAAGCUUCCAUAGCUGAAGUACAGAGGAUUAGGUCUACAGUACCUGUGGGUAUACCACAUGGUACACUGGGACCAAUUGAAAUAGAGGGAUAUCGUAUACCGAAAGGUACCAUGAUUAUUCCACUGCAAUGGGCUGUUCAUAUGGACGAUGAUGCUUGGGGAAAUCCAGAGAUUUUCGAUCCACGAAGAUUCAUUGACGAUAAUGGCAGAUUUUUUAGGCCGGACAAUCUUAUCCCUUUCCAAAGUGGAAAAAGAAUAUGUGUUGGAGAGGAACUGGCAAAAAUGUUGCUGUACUUAUUCGCAUCUGCAAUAUUACAAAAGUAUGAGUUAUCUGUGAAUAGAAGAGAGGCUGUCAACUUGAACGGAGACUGUGGAAUAACUCUGUCACCUGAUAAUUAUGAAAUAGUUUUCAAACAAAUAAAAACUUGAAAUAUUA